AUGACUUCCAAAGACCACUCUCCUCACGUGCUCAUUCUUGGAGGCGGCAUUGGCGGCCUGACACUCGCCCAGGCCCUAAGAAAGAAAGAGAUCCCGUUCUCGAUCUUCGAACGCGAUUCAAAGCAAAAUUCUCGCAGCCAAGGAUGGUCUAUAGGAUUACACACCAUACUAGACGACCUUAAAGCCAGCAUUUCAGACGACAUGCCAUCCCUAGAGACAGUAUUCCACCUUCAUCCACUCAAAUUCCCUUCGCAGCUUGCUGUCUACCAGGCACAGGAUCCGGGUCAGCGACAUGGUGUGACCGAUGAUGGGUCCGGCAAGCUGCUAAGAGCAAAUCGUAGGAGACUAAGAGAAUUUCUUAGUACUGGAAUUCAGGUUGAGUUUGGGAAGCAAGCAACAGGAAUUCAAGAAGAUCAUCACAGCGUAACAGUAAAUUUCACAGAUGGGACUUCAGCCAAUGGUGAUUUCUUGGUUGGCGCAGAUGGCGUGCAUAGUACUGUCCGUCGCCACCUACUCUACCCCAAUGAGGACAAGCUUAAACGACUGCCUAUCGCUACUAUCAUUGGCGAGGUCACACUGGAAAACGAGGAUAUGGAGCGACAGCUCGAACUUGGCCAUUCUUGCUACAUUGUUCGCGCAGACAACAACAUAACUGGCUCCGGGGAUCUGGUCAUGUUCGUGGGUGUCAACGAUAUCCUCCCUGAUGCCAAAUCAGGGCUUUAUUACUGGUUUUUGAUCUGGCCCGACGAGGCUGCGACCCAAGGAUCACACUGGACUGCUACUGCAAGUCAACAGGAGCUUUUAUCCGCAGCAAGAGCCAUGACAAAGAACUUUGCGCCGGACUUCAAGGCCAUUAUAGAGAAGACGUCUGUUGAAGGAAUGAGAGCGCCACCCCUCGUUAUGCACGACGUUGAGCUGUCCCCGGAGGAUUUCAGCUCUGGCAGAGUUGCGUUGUUAGGCGAUGCAGCACAUUGUAUGACGCCUUUCUCGGGUCAAGGAGGUGUCACUGCUAUUCGAGAUGCACUUGACCUGGCUCAAGCACUAUCACGUGUUGCUGAAGAUGGGCUCAGGGGUGCGGAUCUAGAAGCUGUUAUGACUAAGUACAGGGACACCAUGCUUGAGCGUGGAGUUCGAGCUGUGCAACUAUCACGGGAUGCAAUCACGAAGAGCAAUCUGGUCAGGGAGGGUGCGCCUUUUGCUUACGGCCAAUAUUCGAAGCCGAUACCUCUGGAAAGGAUUCGUCUUUGA